AAAACCAUCUCUUUUGUUGGUUGCAUAGCACAGCUCUUUGGGGUUCACUUUUUCGGCUGUACUGAAAUUUUUCUUCUCACACUGAUGGCAUACGACCGAUACAUUGCGAUCUCCAAGCCUCUCCAUUAUACCGUUAUUAUGAACAAGAGUGUCUGCAGUUGGAUGGUGAUUCUUUCAUGGCUGGGGGGGUUUGUACAUUCAAUGGGACAGACACUCCUCACUACACAGCUACCCUUCUGUGGUCCUAAUGAAAUUGAUCACUAUUUUUGUGAUGUUCACCCUUUAUUAAAAUUAGCCUGCACUGAUACCUACAUUAUUGGACUUCUUGUCAUUGCCAACAGUGGCAUGAUUUCCCUCAGUUGUUUUCUUGUGCUGACUAUUUCUUACAUUGUUAUCCUAUUCACAUUGAGGACCCGUUCUUCCGAAGGACGUCUCAAGGCUCUUUCAACCUGUGCUUCCCACAUCACGGUUGUGAUUCUGUUUUUUGGCCCCUGCAUUUUCCUUUACAUGAGGCCUUCAACCACGUUCUCAGAGGACAAAAGUGUGGCUGUUUUCUAUACUAUUAUCACUCCUAUGCUCAAUCCGUUAAUUUACACCUUGAGAAAUGAAGAGGUAAAAAAUGCCAUGAGGAAAUUACGGAGCAAAAGAGUAGUUUGGGGUAGGAAAUUAAAAGUGGAUUUAAAAAUAUAA